AUGGCUACUCUUCCAUACCGGGGGGUGAUGCUCCACGAAGAGUUCACGGCUGUCACGGGUAUUCAGAUGAAAAAGAAGUUGUUGGCAUUUAUCAAUAACUACGGUCAGAAGUGUCUCGACUUACUGAAGUGUCGUCGCUCGGCAAAAGAGUCUGUACGGCAGCUUGAGGCUGAGCUUCAACAACUGGAAGAAAAUGCCCGUAAAUAUAGGUUUGCAGUUGGCUGUGUAGAACUGCUGCCAUUAUUAGUGAGAGAGCAGCCAAAAUUUUUGAGGGGCCCUGACAUGCACCCUGCCCUUCAUUUUGAGGGCACAAAUAUUUAUGAGGCAACAGACGUCACAGUUGUCUUUGAAGCAUUCAACAUUCAAGUCAUCGACAUAAUAGCCGGUAUGACAGCUGUCAUGGAACACUAUUGGGUGCUCGAUGUAAAGUAUGUGGACCAGAACAAGAAUACUAUAGCACUGUUGGAGCACUUCUGCGAUUUACCAAGUGUGUCGAAAGCGCCAUUGCUUCUGAGGGCCAUUUCUGCUAUCAAAAGUGGAUCAAACAGCGUGGGCCAAUGA